AUGGCGGCAGACUCUGGCGCUCGCAGGCAGCCAACCUUCACCAAGGUCGAUCAGCUGCGCCCUGGAACCCACGGCCACAACCUCAUCGUCAAGGUUGUUGACUCCAAGAUGGUCGUCCAGAGAGGCCGCGAGGGAGGGCCCCAGGGAAGGCAGAUGAGGAUUGCCGAGUGUUUGGUUGGCGAUGAAACCGGCAUCAUUGUCUUCACUGCAAGAAAUGAUCAAGUGGAUGUAAUGAAGCCUGGAACAACUGUUGAACUGAGGAAUGCAAAGAUUGACAUGUUCAAGGGUUCAAUGCGGCUUGCAGUGGACAAGUGGGGAAUUGUGAAAGCUGCUGAAAGCUCAGCUGAGUUCACAGUCAAGGAGGACAACAACCUGUCCUUAAUUGAGUUUGAGCUGGUGACCGUGGUGGAGUGA